GAAUAUGACCAGGUCUUAUUCGAAUCACAAAACGAGAAUCGUAUGGAAGAAUCUAAAGCACUUUUCCGAACUAUUAUCACGUGCGAUUAUUUUGAAGAUUCGUCUUUCAUGUUAUUCUUGAAUAAAAUGGAUAUUUUGAGAGAUAAAAUUAUGUACUCGCACCUGGCUGACUAUUUUCCCGAAUUUGAUGGUCCUAAGCAAGACAUGAUCGCAGCAAGAGAAUAUAUCCUGAGUAUGUUUGCAGACUUGAACACCAACCCGGAAAAAACUCUUUACUCGCAUUUCACUUGCGCCACAGAUACUGGAAAUAUGAGAUUUGUGUUUGCGGUGGUGAAAGACACAAUAUUGCAAUUGCAACUCAACCGGUACAGCUUGGAUUAGUACAUCUCGACCAGGAAAUACUUGGAAUUCGUCCUCAGCGUCAGUUUAUAUUUUAUCAUCAGACCAGUUCGUGAUAUAUUUCAAUGAAUCUCGAGUGAAAGAAUAGAAAUGAUAAAUAGGCAAUUAUUAUUUAUAUUUCAAAACAUGUAGCACACGAUAUGAGCAGGAUGGUCUAUGAGUCACUAUAUUAUUUUUUUUCUUUUAACUUAUCACUUUCAGAGUUUGAUAUUGAAAAUAUUCAAUAAAAACAUGUAAUACUUCAAAAAUUUAUUGGAUCUUCGGAAAUUAACUAAGAAUUUUUCUAUACAAGACGACGGUUGAAUUCCGGAAGAUGACUAAAUUAUCCAUUCAUCUAUCAAUUCUCAUUCACACUGAAGUUUUUUAUUCUCAGAGACCAACCUGUUCAAACUAUCGCAUGAGUGAGUAGGUAAAUUUCUUAUUAUAUAUCACCAACAGUAUACAAAUGUUCGUCCAUUUGCCGCAGGUUUUCAUUUCAUUUCAUAUCAUAAAUAUUCAUUUACUGUAAUUUUAUACUUCAUUUACCUGAAAAUUUACAAAUUUCAUCUGGAAAAUUGAGUUUUUGUCUUUCAUAAUUGUAUAAUGACAGGUUGUGAAACCACAUAACGCGUUUCCUAUACAAAAUAUGCCUUUGUCUCCAAGACUCGCUAAAAUACGUUUACCGUUUAUAUUCACCAUUCGGUAUACCGUCAGCCAAAGUCAUCACAAAUAUAUAAUUCACGUUCAUUUUAUUUCCCUCAUCAGCUUAUGUCAUCAUUUUAUCUGAUUCUCUGUGAUUACUCCUCAAUAUAAUUGGAUCUUCAUCUGGAGUGGAAAUUUAUAAUCGAUAUGUCCUCUGGAACGGUAUUACCAUCUCUCCGCCUGAAGACAAUUCGAUUUUCACCACCCUGUAAACGUUAUCUUUCCUUGAAUAUACUUUUAAAAUUUAACCCAUUGAACAGCUUAUAGGUUUAAAGUUGUCUGAGCCAACCAAUACAUCACCGACCUCCAAUUUAUCAUGCAUCUGUCAACCAGUAUGAACCAUAUGUGCUAAAUACUCCCUACUGAAUCGGUUUCCAAGAGAAUCCUUUAGUUUUUGCAGGUAUCUCAAUCUUUUCUUCUCUUCCUCUCUGUCCAAAAUUACUUGAGGAAUGGAAACAAAAUUUUCAAAUAUUUUGUGUAGUGGACGAUAAAGAAAUAUUUUUCAUUUCCACAAGAAUUACUGAAAUGAGCCCAGAACUUGUUCCUUUCUGAAAUAGUAAACUUAACAUUCGAAAUGUAAGUAAUUAAUACCACCAAUAUAUAUAUAUUUUAAAUUGUAUAACUCUAAUCUAAUACCCAACCAGCUUUCUGUUUUCUUAGCUUUUCGAAUAUAUGAAGCAGUGUCUCUGUUAUGCGUGCAUUCACACGAAUGCGGAUAAUUUUGAUACAUUGUGUGCUGUUCAAUAAAAGUAUGCCUGUAAUUUCAUGUAAUUAAUCAAAAAGAGGAUACUCAUAAAAGCAACAUAUCUGAAACACAAUUACUAACUGAGUGUCAAGUGUUGAAUUACUGUUCUGACUGGCUGCUCUGUCAUUCUUUCGUUCUCUGAUACUGUGAUACAAAUGACAAAUGAAUAUAGGCAAUCAAAAUAAAAUGAUAACUUUUUA